UGUUGUCCGCAGAACAAAGACAGAAGAAGCCUGCCGCUCUUUUAUCUCUAAUUGCCCCGUCCCGAUCCCACCAUGUGUAGGGAAAUUUGUACCAUGGCUUUUCUGCGGGCCAUCAUGGCCGAGUUCCUAGCCACCAUGAUCUUCGUCUUCUUCGGCCUCAGCUCAGCCCUGAAGUGGCCCUCGGCCCUGCCGAGCAUCGUGCAGAUCUCCCUGGCUUUCGGCCUGGCCAUCGGCACCUUGGUCCAGAUGUUCGGUCACGUCAGCGGUGCGCACAUCAACCCAGCGGUGACCAUCGCUUUCUUGGUGGGGAACCACAUCUCCUUCCUUCGGUCUGUGUUCUACGUGGUGGCCCAGCUGGUGGGGGCCAUCACUGGGGCAGGCAUCCUUUACCUGGUGACCCCGAUCAACACCCGUGGAAACCUGGCCGUCAAUGCGCUCAACAACAAUACAUCCCCAGGCCAGGCGCUGGUGGUCGAGAUCAUCCUCACCUUCCAGCUGGCGAUGUGCAUCUUUGCCUCCACGGAUAAACGCCGGACCGAUGCCAUAGGCUCCCCAGCAUUGUCCAUCGGCCUGUCGGUCACCCUGGGUCACCUGGUUGGGAUCUACUUCACAGGCUGCUCCAUGAACCCAGCCCGAUCUUUUGCACCUGCUGUCGUAAUGAAAAGAUUCAGCACUGCUCAUUGGGUCUUCUGGUUCGGACCCAUCAUCGGUGCAAUCCUGGCCUCCCUGCUUUACAACUACUUCCUGUUCCCCUAUUCACUGAACGUCUCCGAGAGGGUAGCCAUCGUGAAAGGCACCUACGAGCCAGAAGAAGAGUGGGAAGAGCAGAAGGAGCAAAGGACAAAGUCCAUGGAGCUGACCUCCCCGUAAGAGUGAUGGCUGGAAGGGAAAAACCAAAGAAUAAGCCAAGACUCUCAAUCUGUAGCCUCACAACCCAAAGACCAAUAGUCUCUAUAUGCAAGAGAAGGGUGCAUGUGAUAUCUGUGUAUAUACCCUGCGACUGUGAGGGUGACUGAUACAAAUAUUCCUGGCCAAAGAAUAGAGAUCCACACCCAGCAGAAUGGGUUCCACCAACAUCGGCCCUAGGCCAGACUGGUCCUGACCCAGUGUGCCUCAGAAGGUCUUGUCAAUGGCUGGGGUGUGCCAGGAUUUUUAGCGUUAUGCAACUGUGCCUUUGUCUUUGUCUUUGGAACGAGCCCCAGAUCCGAACAUUUCCCCCAUCCAAACAGCCCCAGACUCUUUUUUUUUGGGGGGGGGGGGCAUCGGUGGAGGUGAUAACCUGGUCGGAAUUUCACAGCCCACCUCAAAUGGGUGUGGGUGAUUUCCACUGAUUUUUCUUUUAAUGCUUCAUGGGUACCCCAACGGGGUGGCAGGCAGCAUUGUUGUAGCUGUAUUGGUCCCAUGAUAUUACAGAGACAAGGUGGGUGAGGUAAUCUCUUUUAUUGGACCAACGUCUGUGGGUGACAGAGACCAGCUUCUGAGCUACACGGAGCUCUUCCUGAAGAAACUCAGAUGUGAAAAACAUUCCGUGCACCUCAAAAGCUUGUCUCUCUCAGCUGUUACCUUUCCCACCUUGUCUUUCACUUACAGAGUCAACAUAACUGGGUCCCCAUGUGAUCCUGGAUGAUGGGAACAUGGACCGUCCUCUGUAGGGUCAAGGAGCCAUUCAGUAGCUCUUUGUGGGGUGAGGUGGGAGUUUAACAAGGGUGGGUAUCUCUUAAAGAGAGCCUGACCUGAAGGGACUGAAUCUCCCAUUUCUGUGGCCCCAUAAUUGGCUUUGGGGGGUGCCAGGGGGGCAAUUAAAAAGCCCAUGAGAAACAAGCACAAGGCCUUUUGGAUUAUUCAGCUGCUGCUUUAGAAGAAUGUGACUAGGCCUCACACCCGUGCAUUUGUAAUUGGGAUGGGGGGCGGGGAGAUAUCUUGAUGAUGUUCCCUUCCCGCGCCCUGCCCCGCCCCAGCAGCUGAAGGUCUCUGGGCUUCCCCCCUCAGCUGACAUUUGUGUGGGGCUAUACCCCAUGGUGCAGCAGAGAUGGGAAGUAGGGGAGGGACAGAGAAAGGGGAGCAGGGAACAAAUGGAAGGACAUACAGCAAAGGUGGGGAAAGGCCGGGUGGAUGGGUGAGAUUAACAGGCCCAAGUCUUUCUGUCAUCCCUAGGGCCCAGCGUCUUCUUGGCGGGGCUGGAAAUUCGAUUGUUCCCCAGCCACGAAGCACAAGGUCACAACUGCCCAACUGGGAGGUAGCCCAAGGAGCCAGGAAAGGCCUGUAACCUCCACAGUCCAGGCCCCUGGUUUGCUCCAUAGUCCUGACACCAUAUCCCGUAAGCCCCAACCGCACCCCCAGCUUCUGCUUGUUUUCUUUCCGUUCCCUUCCCAAGCUUCUCCUGCGAAUGACAUAAUACUGACUACGCUCUAAGGAAUUAACCCGGGACAAGAGCCUUUCUCUGAAUCCUCUCCAGCCUCUGCUGAGGCCCUUGGAAAGGGCAAGACAGCAAGUGAAAAGGAGUGAGGCUAGGUGGCUUGUUGUAGAGGAUGCUGCUGCUGCUUCAGAUGCGCUAAUCUCCUCGCUAGUCUGCUGUGUCUUUACCUCCGUACAGCCGUAUCCCAGGCCUUUCGCAAAAGGCCACGAUACAAGCCAGAGACCUCAUUCCUCGUGUGCCCAGGGCUCCCAUUAAACCCCAUGGAAGCAUUGGGCACCUGGGGGGUGGGGGAGGAGACAGGGAUGGGACGCGGUAUAAAGGGCCAGCAUGGCUGGUUUCGACAGACAGUUGCGGCAAAUAUAUUUUUCCCAUGGCACAUCCUACAUCCCAAACCUUUAUCCCCUGGGGGAAGCUGCUCUUUCUUGCAUUGGCUGGUGUCGGUGAGUCCUGUUUAUUUGGUGCAUGAAGGAUAUGAUUUUGGACUUUGUACUUGUAUUAUUGUAUUAUUUAUUGUCAAUAAAAGACACUACGGGUUAAUCCUGAAAGCACAGUU